AUGCUUCCACAGGUCAUUGACAUGCAGAUGGGAUCCGGGCUCCGGGGGAACCAUACGCCCGCCGGCCCCGGCCGCCGGCCCGGCAACUCUUCGUGCCCGGCCCGGCCUGGCAAUGCCCUGGCAGCUUCCCAUGGCGGGGGGCCGUGCGCGGAGCGGGGGAGACACGGGGACACCCCGUCGUUGCCCUCGCACACGCGCUGCCGGGCUCCGCGCGGCGCGGAGCGAGCAGGGCCGGGGACGCCAUGUUGGCUGAUCUCAUCGGACCCCGCGGCGGACUUUCCCACGCGUCGCCCCCGCGGCCGCGCAGCGCUCCGCGCCCCGUCCUCUCCCUCCCCACCCCCUCACUCUCCCCAGACCCCCGCCCCCCCGCUCGCCCGCCCGGCCCUCCCCCGGCCGCCGGCGGCGAGGCCCCACGGGCGAACCCCGCGGGCUGCGGGCGCUCCCGGCCCCGCCAGCCCCACGGGCGGGCUGGCACCGCCCGCCAAGCGCCUCCUCUCGCCCCAGCCCUCCGCUUUUGUCUGA